UGGAACUAUCACAUUAACAACUGAUAAUUCUUUGGUGAAAAUUGGCGAUGAGGUAGCAAUGACCUGCAAGGACACAGAGGAAGUGGCUAUAGAAAUAUACUUUGCUGGACAGGCUAUUGGAAACUGUAAUCUGUUUUGAGGGACUAUUUGUUCUGUUUCAGAACAAACACUAUAUUCAGUGUCGAUUGAUGAAUCUCCAACAGGAUAUAACCUUAUGACGUUUACCAUUAAAAGUUUUGCUGUUAGCAAUUGUGGAGAAUACACUUGUCUGAAAAUAUCAGACGCCCGUGUUAAAGAUACAGCAACAGUGGAGCAUAAAUUGUCCUAUGGAGAUAGUUGUGGAACAUGUGGACAAUGUUCUCACUCUACCAGUAUGAGCUGCUCUAGCUCUUCAACCUGCAAGUGCAACAAAGGUUACACAUAUAAAGACAAUGUUUGUGAUAUUGACAAAAAUGUGAAGGUUGCAUUGGGUGAUACUGCCAUAAUAAUUUGUAACAUUACUGGAGGAUUCUCAAAUCCACGCUGGGAUGAUGGCUCAAGUAAAGUAUAUAUCUCUGAGGGAAAGACAACCUUUAACACAGCUACAACUACUUCUAGAUGGUCUCGGUCCAAGGACACAAAGAACCUCAUCAUUACUUCAAUUGAAAAUAGUGAUGAUGGAACAUACAUGUGUAGCAUCACAACACCAACUACAGACAGCUUUACAGAAAAACUGACAGUCACCAAACCACCUGAGUGUAAAUGUGAUUGUGAUUGGCAUAGAAUUCUGUGGCCAGCCCUCUCCUUUUCCUCUAUUUUUGCAUUGAUAAUCUCGACUUCAUUCGUAAAACAAGCUGGUCCUAAAGCAAAGAAAUUGCUAAUAAAUUACUUGGGGAAGCAAGCCCCUCGUUACAUGAUUGUUUGGGUAGUUGUCAGUUAUGCGUACAGCGUUAUUGCAGUAUGCUUCUUUGACUACCAAGUUUGCAAAAACGACUGUUGUGAAGCAGUAUGUGACUGCGUUUGCAAUUGUUGGCCUGUAUACAUCACAUUGGUUAUGCCGUCCGGGCUGUAGAUGUGAUAGGAAUUAUCAUUGGAGUAAUUGCCUUUGUGAAAGG